AUGAAGGGCGAGAUUCUUCACCUUCAUCUGGGCCAAGCUGGUGUCCAGCUGGGUAACUCUGCUUGGGAGCUCUACCUUCUCGAACACGGCCUUGGUCCUGAUGGCCGCCCCGACCCCAAUGCCAAGGAUGUCGGCGAUCCAGGCUCUUUCGAGACUUUCUUCACAGAGACGAGCAAUGGCAAGCACGUUCCUCGAUCCAUCUUCAUGGAUCUUGACCCCUCUCCCAUCGACGAGAUCCGAACUGGUCCUUACCGUCAGCUCUUCCACCCCGAACUGUUGAUCAGCGGAAAGGAGGAUGCGGCCAACAACUAUGCUCGUGGCCACUACACCAUUGGAAAGGAGAUGGUUGACACUGUCAUGGAGCGCGUUCGCCGCGUUACUGACAACUGCAACUCUCUUCAGGGCUUCCUGAUCUUCCACUCCUUUGGUGGCGGCACCGGCUCUGGUUUCGGUGCUCUCAUGCUGGAACGCCUUGCCACUGAGUACGGCAAGAAGACCAAGCUCGAGUUCGCCGUUUACCCUUCGCCUCGUACCAAUACUUCGGUUGUUGAGCCUUACAAUGCCGUCCUCUCCACGCACAGCACUAUUGAAAACUCGGACUGUACUUUCCUCGUCGAUAACGAAGCUGUCUACGAUAUUUGCCGCCGCAACCUGGAUAUUACCCGGCCCUCGCACGAGCAUCUCAAUCGUUUGAUCGCCCAGGUUGUGAGCUCCAUAACUUCGUCUCUGCGAUUUGACGGUGCUCUCAACGUCGAUCUCAACGAGUUCCAGACCAACCUGGUUCCUUACCCACGUAUCCAUUACCCAUUGAUCAGCUAUGCUCCCGUUGUUUCUGCUUCCAAGAGCAAGCACGAAAGCUUCAAGGUUGCCGACCUCACUUUCCAGUGUACGUUUAUAAACCCAACAAACUUUAACUUCUUCCCCUGGAUCCCUGGGUAUUUGUCUAACAUGGUGGCCGAAACAGGUUUCGAGCCUAACAAUCAGAUGGUUGUCUGCGACCCUCGCAACGGCAAGUACAUGGCUGUCGCUCUCUUGUACCGUGGCGACGUUGUCCCCCGCGACUGCACCGCCGCCAUUGCACAAGUCAAGGCCAAGGCCUCCUUUAACUUGGUCGAGUGGUGUCCUACCGGUUUCAAGCUCGGAAUCAACUACCAGAAGCCCAUGGCUGUCCCCGCCCCCGCCGAAGACGGCGCUCUUGCCUCUGUUGAGCGAUCCGUCUCCAUGCUCUCCAACACCACCGCAAUUGCUGAGGCCUGGUCCCGACUUGACCACAAGUUCGACCUCAUGCACAGCAAGCGCGCCUUCGUGCACUGGUAUGUUGGUGAAGGUAUGGAGGAGGGUGAAUUUACCGAGGCUCGUGAAGAUUUGGCUGCCCUUGAGAAGGAUUAUGAGGAGGUUGCUGCCGAUGGCAUCGAAGCCGAGGAGGAGCUCGAGUACUAA